AUGCUUAUGCGUGACUACUUUGUUGAAAACCCAAAGUUUGGCCCGGUUUGGUUUCGUGAAAGAUUUCGAAUGAGUCAAAGGUUGUUUUUAAAGAUUGUUACUGAUAUUGAGCAACGUUUCGUUUACUUUCAAGAGCGUGUAGAUCGGUUGGGCAGAAAGAUUUUAGCUGCCAUACAAAAAUGCACAUCCGCGGUGGAACAACUUAGAACGGGCAACCCUCCGGAUAACUUUGAUGACUACAUGUGCAUGGCAGCGAGAACUUCUCGCGAAAGCCUUGAUCAUUUUUGCAGCGCGGUCAUUGAGUUAUAUCGUGACGAGUACUUACGUAGGCCAACUAGUCAUGAUGUUUCCCGGUUGUACGAAGCACAUGAACGGAGAAACAAGAUUUGGGGAAUGCUAGGAAGAUUCCUCCAGGGUCGCUCAACGAUAUCAAUGUCUUGA